GGGCUUCAAUAUGAUGACACCAUGGUUCCUCUCAGGGGCUGCCCUCUUUGCUCUGCUCAUUGUGGACAUGUCCUGUGUCCCCAUUAAGAAAGGCAUUAAUCCUGGUGUAUCCUACGGUGGCAGUUCCAUGAAUGCUGCUCCUAAUUAUGGCUCAUACCAGGAGGCCCCUUCUGGCCAGUUUUCACCUGGAGUGAUGCCCAACAAUGCUGAUACAGGUGUCUCCACACCAUCUUAUCAACCUGUGCCACAGUGGGAGCCCAGUAUUUCUCAGCCUGCUGUCCAAAGACAGCCAUCAGCAUCUGUUGGCUCGAAUUCUGCACCGAUAGGCUACAGGUCUACACAACCAGGACCUGUUUUUCAACCUCGCCCAAAAGAUAUCGACUGGGCUGUUGCACCUCCCAGUCCCUUCUCUGAUCAGGAAAUGUCGACUGGCCCGGGUGGCGUUGGUUCCAGUGCUCCUGAGGACUGGAGUCCAGCUCUCCCACCACCCGGCCCAAUGUACCAGCCAGGAGAGCUGUCCCAGUACAAGGUCAACCUUGAGGAUGGGUACUCCGAGAUGGAGACAGAAGAGGAUGGCUACUCUCCUUAUUCACCUCGUGCACAAGAGGCUGUUGGACAAGGCUUCACCAGCGAACCCCGGCCAGAGGCCAGAAUCUGGCUUCCUUAUCCUUACCGCGACUACAUGUUCCUGACUGGCCAGUAUCCUCCAGGCACAGUCACUCACUCAAGCCAAAGUUACGAGCAGGGGAGUGAUUACUGGGGGAACGCUCGCUAUUGGAGACACGAUCCCUACAGCCCGGCUACUGAACAGCAGGAUGUGACCUUCACCCCCCAGAGAUUUGAUGCUCCUGUGCAACCUGUGAAGUAUCCUGUAAUAGCUUCUGGUUAGACAGGUCCACAGUCAAUGUGGCAGCUAUAAUGCAGGCAUUAAUCCUGGUGUAUCGUACGGUGGCAGUUCCAUGAAUGCUGCUCCUAAUUAUGGCUCAUACCAGGAGGCCC